UUGGCGGGCCUGGCUGUAGAAGGAAGGCACGGACCGGUGAGAAGCCCGGCCUGGGCGUGUGAGUGGCUCUCGGGCGGCGGGGUAGACGUCCCGCCACGCGCGUCUGUGGUAGAGGUGAGAGCUCCGGGAGCGAGAGCGCGGAGCCCGCGGGCGCUCGGAGCCAAGAUCCUGCAUUACUGCCAUCUCCUGGGCACCUGGUCCUCCUUGGAAGUUCACUCUCGCCACUGUUCCCUAGACAACAUGGAUGUGGGUGAAGAUGAAUUGUCCCUGCUGACUUCACUACUGGAAGAGAAUGAGUCAGCCUUGGAUUGUCAUUCGGAAGAGAGCCACCCUUCCAUCCAGGAUGAUGGUAAACCUGAUACAUUUGAUGAGCUCUUCGAUGCUGAUGGUGACGGUGAAUCUUACACAGAGGAGGCUGAUGAUGGGGAAGUGGAAAAGACUCAAGACCAAAAGGAAAAUUUGGCUACUCUCUUUGGAGAUACGGAGGACUUAUCAGAUGAAGAAGUUCCUGCAUUACAAUCAACUAAAAACAGAGCCCUCCCCGCUCUUGCUCCCAAUCAAGGGAAAACUAAUCAAGAGUUACAAGAUGAGUUAAGGAAGUUGCAAGAGCAAAUGAAGUCCUUACAAGAACAGCUAAAAAUGGCGACAAUUAAACAGCCUGCAAGUCCAGCUUGUCCACAUAAAUCUGUAGAGAAGUCUCCACGCCCCCCUCUUAAAGAGAAGAAAGUUCAGAGAAUUCAGGAGUCAACAUGCUUUGCUGAAGAGCUUGAUGUCCCUACUCUACCAAAAACCAAGCGAGUGGCUCGGACACCAAAAGUUUCACCUGCAGAGCCCAAAAGCUCACCUUCAAAGAUGAUAUGUGCACCCUCCCAACCACUCCGAAUGACACCUGGGAACAAACCUAAUUGGAUGACUAGAGAUAAGGGUGUGGAGGCCGCCAGGAGUUCUGGGGACAUAGCUCAGCCGGUCUCUAUGGAAGCCUUCUCUGGCCUGAGGCUCAGACGGCCUCGAGUGUCCUCCACAGAAAUGAACAAGAAAAUGACAGGUCGAAAACUGAUCAGACUGUCUCAGCUCAAGGAAAAGAUGGCAAGUGAAAAGCUAGAAGAAGUAGACUGGGUAACAUUUGGGGUUAUAUUGAAGAAAGUCACUCCGCAGAGCUGUAACAGUAACACUUGGACUGUAAAUGGAGGCAGCGUACCCCAUUAUUCAAAAAUAAUUAAAAUUAAGAAUAAAUAUUUGUUCCAGGGGAAAACAUUUAGCAUCUGGCGACUAAAUGAUCUUCGUGACCUGACACGGUAUGUGUCAUUGUUCUUGUUUGGAGAAGUUCACAAAGAACUCUGGAAGACUGAACAGGGUACCGUCAUAGGACUACUCAAUGCUAACCCCAUGAAGCCCAAGGAUGGUUCAGAGGAGGUGUGCUUAUCUAUUGAUCAUCCUCAAAAGAUCUUAAUUAUGGGUGAAGCUCUUGACCUGGGAACCUGUAAAGCAAAGAAGAAGAAUGGAGAACCAUGUACACAGACUGUUAAUUUGAAGGACUGCGAGUACUGUCAGUAUCACAUCCAGGCCCAGUAUAAGAAGCUCAGUGCCAAGCGAGCUGACUUGCAGUCCACCUUCUCCGGAGGACGAAUUCCAAAGAAGUUUGCCAGCAAAGGCAUCAGUUUGAGAGAACGGCUGUGUCAGGAUGGUUUUUACUAUGGAGGGGUUUCUUCAGCAUCAUAUGCAGCCUCAGUUGCAGCAGCUGGUGCUCCUAAAAAGAAGAUUCAAACCACUCUGACUAAUCUGGUCGUGAAGGGCACAGAUUUGAUCAUUCAGGAAACUCAACAAAAACUCGGAAUAGCCCAGAAGAGCUUGUCUUGCUCUGAGGAAUUCAGAGAAUUGAUGGACUUGCCCACAUUUGGAGCCAGAAACUUGAAACAACAUUUAGCCAAAGCCAAAUCAUCAGGGAUCAUGGGAAGCCCAAAACCUGCUUUCCAGUCUAUCUCGGCAUCAGCCCUCCUGAAGCAACAGAAGCAGCUUAUGUUAGAGAUGAGGAAGAGGAAAUCAGAAGAAAUGGAGAAACGAUUUUUACAAAGCUCAAAUGAGGUCUCGAGCCCAGCUGUGCCAUCGUCUUCUCGACAGCCCCCUCCUCGGUCUCCACCAACGGGGGCUGAGUUCCCCAGGCUGGAAGCAACCCCACCCACACCGGUGCCCAAGCUGGGGCGUGGCAUCUCAGAAGGAGAUGAUGUUCUCUUUUUCGAUGAGUCGCCACCUCCAAAACCGAAACUGAGUGCUUUAGCAGAAGCCAAAAAGUUAGCUGCUAUAACCAAAUUAAGGGCAAAAGGCCAAAUUCUUUCAAAAACAGACCCAAACAGCAUUAAAAAGAAGAAAAACUACCCCGAGGAUGUCCUGGAAGUGAAGGCACGUGUAGAAAAGAAUACCACAUUCUCUCCGCAAGCUGAGGAUGAAUUGGAGCCUGCCAGGAAAAAAAGGAGAGAACAGCUUGCCUAUCUGGAAUCUGAAGAAUUUCAGAAAAUUCUAAAAGCAAAAUCAAAGCACACAGGGAUCCUAAAGGAGGCCGAGGCUGAGCUGCAAGAACUCUAUUUUGAGCCACUGGUGAAAAAAGAACAAAUGGAAGAAAAGAUGAGAAACAUCAAAGAAGUGAAAUGUCGAGUGGUGACAUGCAAGACGUGUGCCUAUACCCACUUCAAGCCUUUGGAGACCUGCAUCAGCGAGCAACAUGACUACCGUUGGCACGACGGCAUAAAAAGGUUUUUCAAGUGUCCCUGUGGAAACAGAUGCAUCUCCCUUGACAGGCUUCCCAAAAAGCAUUGCAGUAACUGUGGUCUCUUCAAAUGGGAGCGGGACAGAAUGCUAAAGGAAAAGACAGGUCCAAAAAUAGGAGGAGAAACUCUGUUACCAAGAGGAGAAGAACAUGCCAAAUUCCUGAAUAGCCUUAAAUAGCCCUGACUUCUGACAGAUACCCACAACCUACAUUGCUUCUUGUGGUUCUGGGAAAGCAAGGAUUGGUUCUGUGUGGCCCAGGUUCCUGAUUGACACAGUCAAAACAAGUGCUGGUUAAGCCUACAAGCUUUGCCUACAUACUCCCCUUCAUUGUGUUGCUUAAACACCAAAUUUAACAUUAACCUAUAAGUGGAAAAUCAAGUUAUCUUUAUCUUCUGUGUUCUUAGUACCGAUGGCCACAUUCAUACAAAUUUUUGCCCCAAAACUGUAAGGUAAAUUGAGAUUCUGUGUUUCUUUAUCUCUUGGGUUAUAGAGUGUGCAGUAUCACUUCUUUAUCGCAAUAAAGUUCUGGUUUUUAUAUGGACACAGAGGCAAAAGAAUUAACUUAGCUUACCCCAGACAAGUCGCUUAAAUUCUGGGCUUCAGUUUCCUUACCUGUAAAAGGAGGAAAGUUGGACUGACUGGUCUUGAAAUGUGUCUUUUAGCACUCAUAUUCUAUAAAUAUAUAACUUUUUUUCAUCUAGAUAAUUAUGAUCCUUGCCCUUGAUUUAGCAAUAUAGUUUUGAUAUACUGAUAUUAUAAGCCAGGUUCCUUCUUUCUGUUACAUUACCUCUGUUUUGGUUUUUUUGUUGGUUUGUUUUUAAUUUAUUAAGUCACCGAACCACUGGCAUUUCAAGUCCUGUUUGUAUGGCUCUCUGCCCAUACCAUAUUGUGGAGCUUUGAAUGCAAAUACCUAAAAAUCUCAUUUAAAAAUACCAUUUAAAGAAGCUGAAACCUUUAACCAAAAUGAAUGCAACAUUUGAGAAGCUAUGAAGCAUGACUGAAAAACAGAAGCAUCCCAUAAAUGGAGUUUGGGAUUUGCACAUGUACUUUAUUAUAUUCAUCAAGAAUUAUAGUUCAAGCUCUGGCAAAUUAUCGUCAGAAAAUCCCAGUUAGGGGAGUCCUCUGCCUGUGCAACCUGGCUUUCCAAAUACCAUUUGACCCAAAUGAAUGCUAAUAUCACUUAAAGAUCAGGUAAAUUGGUAGGAUUAUUGUAUUGGGAUUUGAGCUCUCGCUCGAAGUAGAUUAGGCUUCCCCAAGAUGGUGUUAUGGUAGGAACAUUACAAUUACGGGAGGUGAUUAUGGAAGAUGGUUGAUUUAGGUAUAUAAGAGUCAAAUAAAAUUCAUCAAACUCUGUGUGGGUAAAAGGUGCUAUGUCUGCCUUUGUGCUUCCCCCUAAGGUCAUACUCUAAUAACUAUAUUUUUAGGAGUACUUUAUUUCCAGGAGGUACUGGGUUUUCA